CCAGCCCUGAGGCGGCACCUGCAGGCACCGAGGCUUCCCACGGUGUAGGCAGCAGAGGAGCAGCAGCAGGAGAGAGCUGAACGCUCGCAGAGGCUCUGGCAGCUGCACCCGGGGUUUGGCAGAGGGUAGAGGAAGCAGCAGUGGGGCAAGGAGACAUUCCAGCGGCUGCUCACCAUGACUGUGGCUGCUCUGCUCCUCCUGGGGCUGGGGCUGCUGCUGGGGGCAGAAGGCCAAUGCUUCUUCAACCGCACUCAGGAGUACUGUGUGUGCUACAACCUGUCCCAGGAGAGCAUGGGCAGCAUCAUUCAGUGCCUCGCCGCCACUGCCGUGGAGUUUCGGGGGGGAGAGCUGGAGAAAUACGCAGCCUUCCCCAUCGACGACCUGGACCCCUCUGCCAUCGACAUGCUGAGCUCCCUCCUCAUCAGGAAAAUCAUUUUUGGUGACCUGCUGGUGCCCAUGAUGCUCCUCUCCCGGGUCCUGAGGUUCUUCUCCUAUACUCAGGUGCAGGAGGUGGUGUUUGACAGCUGCGUGUUCCGGGGCAGAGGCGACUGGGCUGAAAUGGCUGGCCGGUCCCUGCCCAUCUCAGCCCUGAGCUUCCACAAUGUGACAGGCACCCCAGUGGGCUCCGAGCAGGACCUGUCCGGGCUGGGCACGUGGCUGCAGGCGCUGCAGAACCUGUCUGUCACGGCCUCGCAUGUCACCCGCCUGCCCUGCAGCACCGGCAGGCUGCUCACGGCCCUGCGCUCCCUGGACCUGGCGCACAACAGCCUCGGUGACGGGGAGCUGCCGACCACAUUCUGCACGGGGGCUUUCCCUGAGCUGCGGGCCCUGGCUCUGCAGCACAACAACCUGACGUCCUACGGCAGCGUGUGUGAGAGCGUGCGGCUGCUGAGGGAGCUGCAGCAGCUCGACCUCAGCCACAACCGGCUCACAGCAGGCCUGGCCUCCUCCUGCCAAUGGCCAGCGGCCCUCCGCGUCUUCAACUUGUCUGACGCUGGCUUGGAUCGAGUGCCCGAGCCUCUGCCUCCCACUCUGGAAGUGCUGGACGUGAGCUGCAACCGCCUCCACGCCGCAGACAUCUCCCUCAGCUCCCUGAAGCAGCUCUUCCUGAGCUACAACCUGCUGCAGGCCGUGCCGUGCCUCAGGAGCUGCCCAGCCUUGGACACCCUCCACCUGGACAACAACUCCCUGGCAGAGCUGCCGUGGGGCGAGCUGAAGCUGCUGCGGCACCUGCGGCGAGUGUCGGCAGCCGGAAACCCCUUCAACUGCUCGUGCCAGGGGGCUGGGGGGCUGCAGGCGCUGGCGGGCGCGGGGCUGCUGGGGCCGGGCUGGCCGCAGGCCUACACGUGCAGCUCCCCGCCGAGCUACCGUGGCCACCCGGCACAGGACGUGCCCGUUUCGGCGCUGCACUGCCACGGCCCCGCAGUUAUCGGCGCGCUCUGCGCCGUGCUCACACUGCUCGGCGUGGCCGCAGCCGCCUGCCUGCUCAGGCACAGAGCCCGGCCCUGCCGCAGGGGCUGAGGGGCACACGGGCCCUUCCCGGCCCAGGCUCCCCUGAGCAGCGGCAGCGCUGUCCCCAGGGCUGUCCCGCAGCCUCUGCGCUGCAGCUGCCCAUGGGGCUUUCCUACAGCCAGCCCCGGGUCCCCACGUGCCAGCGAUGCCACCUGCCCUGAGCACCAAUCACACAAUCACAGCCACAGAAUCAUCACAGCAGGAAAAGCCCUUCAAAAGCCAUUUCCUCUUGUCCUGUCAUUCAUGACUGAGGAGCAGAGCCUGACCCCGAGCUCCCUGCAGCCUACUGUCAGGGAGAGUCAGAGAGUGCUGCUGUCUCCCCUCAGCCUCCUCUCCUCCAGGCUCAACAUCCCCAUUCCCCAGCUGCUCCUCAUGAGUUGUUCUCCAGCCCCUUCCCCUCCAGGCUGAGGUGUCAGGGUGUCUGUUCAGCUGCUCAGCUGCUGCUCAGCACUAAAGAAAACCCACAGAAGACAGGGGAAUGAAUAAACCCUCCCCCUGGACACACAGCAGUGGUAACGGCAGGCAAGAGCCGAGCUCUGAGGCACUGGCAGAGGGGCAGCCCCUCAAGUGUCACCUUGAAGAGGCUCAACCAGAAAGUUUGCAACUGAUAAGAAGGAAAUCGGUUUAUUCUGGGUUAUCCAGCAAACGUCUCAUAGAGAGAAAAGUGAUGAUGGGAUGCUGCGAGAGAUGGGGAUGCAAAACCUCCUGGGGAAAGAGCGGAGGGAGGGUCAGGGUGGGGGGCAAGGAACAAGCACAGGGCAAU